UGGUAGGAUCAGGAAGAUAUACUUUAUUAUGAACUAUUAAAACUAAAUGAAACUGUCGCAGCUGAUCGUUAAACAAUAAUUAUAUAAACUAAAGGAAGCAUUGGAUCACGAACGACCAGUAAUAGCGAAUAAACGACGUAAAGAUUUUGCUCCACAUAACGCUCACAUAAUAUCAAAUUUACCUAAAAAUAUCAAAUUUUUGUGUCAUAAACUAUAAAUAAUACAAAAAUGUGCAAAAUAUAAAAGAGUUUAGAUAUGAAUUUUUAACAGUUAUGUACAUAUAUAUUUUGUAUUUAUUUCAAUCUACGUUAUCUUGCUUUGUACUUGUUCAGUCCAAAUCUGCGAUUGUAUAUGUUCUGUCCAUAGAAAGGAAAUUGGUUUUCAUUUAUACGGGCCAAUGACACCAUCGUUAUUCGUCAGGAACGAUGGCAUCGAUUUACGUAAAAUUGAUCGAAUCGAUUGCGCUCAUUGUUGUACAUGCAAUUUAAACUCCUAACCGUGUCAUAGACAAUACCACAAGAAUAAUCAUGCAAACAAAUCUCGUUAAGCAUACAUAUACAUAUGCAAAUGUUUUGAAAAUAUCUCAGGAUGCUGAGAAGUUAGGCAACCGUUGAACGAAGGAUAAGUAAUCACACAAAGCGUUUUCAAAAGGAAAUAUGCACAAUUAAAAGAAAUAUUUAAAUGUAUUUUACCUGCUUACUUUCUUUUUAUUACACUUUUUUUGUAAUGUAUUUCGACAAGUAUGUUAUUUAUGUAAGACCGUCAUACCCGCAACUUGACGUAUCCGUUCUAAAUUGAUAAAUCGAUGCUGUUUCACUCAUGUUUGGUAAUAGGUAAGUGCACACCACUAGUGAUAAGAGUAAAAGUGAAGCAACUAGCGUCAGUGAAAGCGAAAGUAUUUGUCGACAAACAGACAAGACUACCUGUGCUUUGCUGUAGCAGUUAAUUAAUUGAUCCAUAUUUCAUAAGGACUUCUGUUGACAGAUAUCAUUACUACAUAACGAAAUCCUGCAAACGCAACUGUCCGGAAUUUCGUCACGCCGUCUUGUUAACGUUACGCAUCCGAAAGAAUCUCAUUUUGCGAAGCAUAUCGGACGUUUCGUUUUGCCGUAUCGAUAUACGUGUGCUGCUGGCUAACGAGCGUAAACGAUGCCAGACAGUUACGUAAAACGAAGGACACGAGUUUCGAUGUUCGCUAUCGAUAUAGACUUCCGAUGCUUGUUCCAUUAUAAUUGCCGUUGCAACGUGGGAAGCUACAUUGAUCUAAGGAGAGGUAACAUUCGGCGGCUGCAUAAAUGACAACGUAUCGAAAAAAACGAACGUCUUCUGUAUUCUUCUUCCAUUAAAUUUCCUUUAUUAAAUUUCUAUCCCAUUAAGUUAGAUCCAAGAUCGAUUGGAGAGUCCCAUUGGCCAUCUCCCUCCUGAUCUAUUCCUGCCUCCAGAUAAUUUGUUGAUAUCAUUAAUCGUAUUGACAUAAGUAUUGCUAGAGCGAUCAUCAAAUGCAUGAAGACGAUAACAAUAGUUAUUCUGUGUCAUGCUAGUAUAUUAUACUUGGUGCACUACGUGGCUGCAGAUAACGACGAGGCAGGCUGAAUUUGUGUCACCGGUGAGCAAACUCACACUCGGCCGUCGCAUCCCGGAUAAUCGUUUGCCGACCUCGCCAUCGUUUUUUUUCGCUCUCUCUCUCUCUCUCUUUUUUACGACUACCAAAGGUGAAUGGAUGAACGCGCGGUGCGGUAUUUACCCAGCCGCAUCCGAUCGUCCGAUCAGGUGGACGGAUGGCGUGGAUGCCCCUCUGCUCUUCCUCAUCGCAUCCGUAGUGGCAGGGCGCGCAAUUGCUUUUCAUUUCGUUACGUGUCUGCCUCGCAGUCGGUUAGUGGAACGACGUCAAUCCCGCUGUAUUUGCACUCCCGCAAAAACGAAUGUCCGCCGAGAGUGAACCACGAGCACGGCUCGACGACGCCGAGAAGCGCACGGGGCUGAAACUACGCAGGAGGCACAGAAAUCUUCAUUGAUUCCGAGAGGAUGCACACUGGAUGUGAUCGUUGCUGCCAAAGAGAGCAAUCACGGAUCAGCUCCCGCACUAAAGCGUGAGUGGAUGCUGCAGAAGACACGAAGAGCAAGAGAAUCAGGUUCAACGGUUUGGAACUCCUGAAGAGACGCUUUUAGUUUCUGCUUUUACACGUGAUAGCGGCAUUAUGCAACGACGUUUACACGUGCAAGUGAAUCAGUGGUGCGAUUAGAGGUGGAGAAUGUCGGUCCAGAAUUACUAAUAAUACUAUCCGGAAGUCCCUGAGGCAACUUUCCGCAGCUGGUUUUAUCUGUCUGUCCUGUCGCGCUCGCAGGUAGAAGAUAACGACGAAGAUGUUACGUUUUAUUGGCAUAAUUUCCAUCUGGUGCAUCGUUUCGAGUACAGGUGGGUGGUACCAAAAGUGUCGCGAUGAAGAUACGGGAUGGGAAAAAGUCGUCGGAGCCAAGCCAGGGAACGCUAUAGAAACCAUAUUAUACAGAAAUGCCAUAGGUAACGACGGUAUCAUCACGCCUUGUUUUGACAGGUGCAGAACCCUGAAUUGCACAGCGUUCGUGGUCGACUUCGAAAGGAAUAUUUGUUACAGCGUGCAAAUAAAGGGCGAGGAACUGAUUCCUGAAUCUAACGCCACGUUCUUCCACAAGAUGUGCAUUAGAGUUCCAGUAGAUUGCAAGUCGCGCAGAUUGUGGCAGGUGGAAAGAACUUUGGGUGCCGUAUUGAAAGAUGGAAGCUACAUCCUGUAUCAAGCAUUGCUACAAAGAAGCGAGUGUUAUGAGAAGUGUCUGCAAGCAAGAGGCGAAUGCGAAUCCGCGCAAUUCCGUACGAGCGAAUCAUUGUCAAUCGACGACACUGUCGGGACAUGUUCGCUGUCAAGACUCGAGAGGAGUAUUAGACCGCAAGCCUACAGAUCGUCGAUGUAUCGAGAUGAAUAUCUGCAGGAUCAGUGCCAUAACGUAUCGAAGAAAAGCUAUUGCUCCUACGCGGAAUUUUGGAACAUGACGUUGCCGUACUCUGACGUGGCGCUACCAGGACUCAAUGGAAAGCAGUGCGAGGAGCGAUGUGAUCGCAGCGAGGACGGCUUCGUAUGCAGAGCCUACACCGUCGACUACUCGGAGGAGAGACCGCUCUGUCUGCUGCACUCUGACGACACCAUUGCUCUUGGGGUCAGCUCGCUUCUUGCCAAACCCAACGUGGUUUACAAGGAACAGGAGGCUUGUCUAGACCUGAAAGUGCAAUGUGGCGAGACGACCUUGACGGUUACACUAACCACCACAGAGCCCUUCAAGGGACGGAUGUACGUGAGCGGAUACAGGGAAACCUGCGGUGUUAAUGGUGUUGGGAGCAACGUGACGGUGUUGAAACUGCCACUACCAAAGAAAGAGUACCUCGGCAAGUCCGACAUCGCGUGCGGUCUCACGCCCGCGUUCUCCAUCGACAACGAAAAUCGAACGCACACGCUGGUCUGGGCCACUAUCGUGAUACAAUAUAAUCCCAUCAUUCAGCGAUUGGGCGAUCAGUCGGUGAGAGUAGGAUGCUCUCUAGACGAAUACGGGCUUCCGGAACCAAGGAACGUGUCCGUGCACUCGAGCUUCAGCUUCUUGGAUCCAAAUGCAGGCGUACCGCCGGUUGUGUCAACCGUAGUGAAUGCGUCGUCGGAGGUACCGGUAGUAACGAUGAGAAUUCUGAAUGAGGAGAAUAUGAACGCGGUCGUUACCCAACUGGGACAGAAACUAACGCUCAGAAUCGAAAUCCAUCCUGUCGACGGACCUUACGACAUCGCAGCUGGACACUUAGUAGCUAGCAGCGCAUCCGGGGAUUCCUCGUAUCUUCUUCUUGAUCAAUCUGGAUGUCCAACGGAUCCGGCGACCUUUCCCGCGCUGUUAAAGGAUCCAGUGGAUAAUCGUUCCUUGAUUUCAACGUUUACUGCCUUCAAGUUUCCCGACAGUCAAAUUGUUCGAUUCAACGUCAUCGUUAGAUUUUGCCUCGAGGAAUGUGAACCGACCACAUGCCGAGGAGGGCAGAUUUCAUACGGCAGAAAGCGCCGAUCGAUCGAGCAGCCGCUGAUCGCCGAGGUAACGGAAGUAUUCAGGAACCUCACACCCGCGGAAUUACCAUUGCAAUUAUCUAUCGUCGUUCAGAGCCCGGUGAUAACAGCGGACCAGUUACUGUCCAGGGAAAACCCGUCUCCUGACACGGUUUUGAUCACUGGCGGAAGAUCCAUAGAUGGUCUCUUCUGCGUGGACGCGAGCCUGGCACUAGGUCUUCUGAUCUUCUGGUUGGUCAUCCAAAUUGUACUCACCAUCGGCUGCGUCUUAGCGGUCAGCCGCUAUCGAAGGAUGGCUAUGGAAGCUGAGGAGGACAGGGCUGACAUAUUGGCGAGGCAUCUUUACGGAAUUCACGGAGGAAAUUUCGAAAUCGCGCGGCGAGUCAGAUGGGCCGAUCGAAAUGAUUCCUCGAUCGGGUAAUUGGUUCUUUCUCCAAUUUUUAAGGCAGAGGUAAUUCAGAUAUUAGAUUGGUACAAAAGAUUGCAAAAGUAGAAUUACAAUGUUCUCUCUCUCACACAAUUUGUUUUUUUAAAAAAGAAUUCAAGUAAAAUAUAUCUUUUGCAUCAAUGUAAGAUAUCUUCUUAUUAACACCUUGAAAUUUGCUUCAUGUGAAAUGUGUUUCAUCUUAGUAAAGUCAACUCCGGAAUCAUUCGGGUAAAGAGACCAAAGCACGAAAAGUCAACAUCGCUUUCGCUUAAAGUUAAAAAAUGAGUAUAUUUGUGCGCAUAUACUAUGACAUGCAAAUAGGUUUAUGUUUCCUACAAUGUGUCUGCCAAGCAAUCAGUCUUUUAUCUUGAUUAAUACGACGUUACCUUAAGCUUGAAUUUGAUCACGUUGGAUUAUGAAUCAUCCAGAUCUGCCCGUUGAGCAGCGCCCGUAAUGAGAUAAUACCACCUCUGUAAAUAUCGAAUAGUGCAUUUUAAUGCGUUUGCUUGACACUCGCACUGCCUACUGUGUUGUAACUAUUUACAUUUGUUUUUAUUAUAAAUUUGUCAGAGUGCAACCAAGAUCUUUCUUCUCAGGAGAUUACUCCUGCUCCUCUGAUAGCUGCUUCAAUCCAGUUAUUAAUUGUUACGUAAUGCGUGUACUUAAUGUACUUUUCAAAUAGCGAAAUAAAUCCAGCUUUCUACUAUAAAAAAAAA